UGCCGCUUCUUGCCGUUGCUAUUCUCGCUGACAGCAACCGGGAGGUGAAGCUUUUUUCUGGCUAUCAAACUCAGGGGAACAUGCGCUCCCUCGUAGGACUAAUCACGGUUGUCGCCGCAGCCAGCUUGUAUCUAUAUUCCCUGUCCUUGUACCUCCCCGCGGGACCAAGAAAGCGUUCUGUCCGAAGCGCCGGGGCUGGACAUGUGUCCGAGGAGCAACAGCAGCAGCCCGGCGACUCCUUAGAAGAAGAAGAGCCCAGCAGGUUAAAGUUCCCUUCAGACUUGGAGGAGCUGCGGGAACUCGCUGAACUCUUGCAGUUCUACAAGACAGAGCACACUGGAUAUGUCCUGCUCCUCUUCUGCAGUGCUUAUCUCUACAAGCAGUCCUUUGCUAUUCCUGGAUCCUCAUUCCUGAACAUUCUUGCGGGAGCUAUAUUUGGACCCUAUCAAGGACUGCUGCUUGCCUGUGUGCUCACAACUGUGGGCUCUACAAUGUGCUUCCUCCUCUCCCAAUUCUUUGGAAAACACUACAUUGUGAACCUCUUCCCAGAUAAAGUCUCCACGUUACAGAGAAAGGUGGAGGAAAACCAGGACUGUUUGUUCUUCUUCCUGCUUUUCCUGAGGUUCUUUCCCAUGACUCCCAACUGGUUUCUGAAUAUGUCUGCCCCGAUUGUAAACAUCCCCAUCACCUUCUUCUUCUGCUCAGUCUUCAUUGGCCUCCUGCCAUACAACUUCAUCUGCGUCCAGACAGGUGUCAUGCUAUCCGAGGUGUCAUCGCUGGAUGACUUGUUCUCCUGGGAGCGGCUCCUGCAGCUGCUGGCCAUCGCUUGCAUGGCUCUGCUGCCUGGUGCCCUCAUCCGCCACUUCAGUCAGAAGCGACUCAAACUUGGUAUCCAGUCACAGAAUGGACUCGAUAAGAAGGUCCAGUGAUCCAUCCUGGGACUGAGUUUGUUUGUUAGCAUACUGAUGCCUUCUGCCCUCAAGAGCGAAUGAAACACACACACACGUGUAAAGUGCUUUACUGUUGCAGAGCCACCUGGACAAGUCACAGUGGGAGUAUUUGAGGAGAAUUAUGCCCUACCAGAUGUUUCCGUGCCACAUGUUGGCACAGCAGUAAAUGUUUAUAGAUGUAUGAAUGUACAGUGGUGACACGAAGGGGAGGGAGGGGGGCAUUUUAAGGAAACUUUGCUCUUGCACUCAUGUUCAAAGUGCCUGUCGUGGAGUUUUGAACUCACACUUCUACCUCCAUGAGCACCAGAAAGAGAUGGUGUAAAUGUUUGUUGAUGAUGGUUUUGUGGGGCUUUUGAUUUUUCUUUUUGGUUAUGUGUGCAGCACACACUAUAUGAGUAGGUUAUUUUUUAUUGUUUUGACAAU